AUGGGGAGUUUCAUUAUAUAAGUAGUCGAAUGUAUGUCGGGAAUCCGAAUACAGCAGGUUGACGUAGUAAAGCUCUCCCUCCGACUCACCUCCCUCACAUAAGAAAGCACAAGUUAGAGCAGUCGAGCAGAUCCGUUCAGAGAGCAGAGCUCAUCUCACACCUGUAGACGGCUGCUGAACAGAGGGAAACUUUCAUUCUUGCUGUCACUCACCGGAUUGGACUUUAGUUUAUACUAACCGCCUGAAGAUUCCUGCACAAACCGACCGCAUAUUGUACUUUUACAUUUUUCCCGCUUUGAGAAAGGGAAGUUGAGAUCGUGAGGCGCAACUUUCCCGCCCGUCAGAGAGCGCGCGGGCAACGACACUGAAGCGAUGGAGCCGUCCGUCAUCCCCGGUGCCGACAUGUCCGACCUCUACUCCAUUAACCCGUUUAAUGUUACUUUUCCUGACGAGGUGAUGGGGUUCGUUCCCGACGGGAGGAACUACACCGAGCCUAACCCGGUAAAGAGCCCCGCGGGAAUCAUCAUCGCCAUUUCCAUCACGGCUCUUUACUCAGUUAUCUGCGUGGUGGGACUCUUGGGAAACAUCCUAGUGAUGUAUGGAGUGGUCAGAUACACCAAGCUGAAAACUGCCACCAACAUCUACAUCUUCAAUUUGGCACUGGCAGAUGCUCUGGCCACUAGUACACUUCCAUUCCAAAGCGCCAAGUAUCUAAUGAACACCUGGCCUUUUGGUGAGCUUCUGUGUAAAAUCGUCAUAGCCAUUGACUACUACAACAUGUUUACCAGUAUCUUCACCCUCACUAUGAUGAGUGUGGACCGUUACAUUGCUGUGUGCCACCCUGUGAGAGCCCUGGAGUUUCGUACCCCCAUCAAGGCCAAAAUCAUCAAUGUGUGCAUUUGGAUUCUCUCCUCUGCUGUCGGAGUGCCAAUCAUGGUCAUGGCAGUUACCAAAGUGACAAACCAAGGUGCAACUGUCUGCAUGCUGAAGUUCCCUGAUCCAGACUGGUACUGGGACACAGUGACAAAGAUUUGUGUGUUUAUCUUUGCAUUUGUGGUACCAGUGCUAGUCAUCACAAUCUGCUAUGGUCUGAUGAUCCUACGUUUGAGAAGUGUCCGUCUUCUCUCAGGCUCGAAGGAGAAGGACAGAAACAUGCGUAGAAUCACACGAAUGGUCUUGGUAGUGGUGGCCGCCUUCAUUAUCUGCUGGACACCCAUCCACAUCUUCAUCAUUGUCAAAACACUUGUAGAUGUCAACCAAAAGAACCCCUUUGUGAUUGCCAGCUGGCACCUGUGUAUCGCACUUGGCUAUACCAACAGCAGCCUCAAUCCCGUCCUCUACGCUUUCUUGGAUGAGAAUUUCAAGAGAUGCUUCCGAGACUUCUGCCCACCCUUCCGAACCAGAGCUGACCAGAAUAGCCUUAACCGAGCGAGGAAUGCCACAAGGGAGCCAGUUUCAGUUUGUGCACCUUCGGAGGCAGGAAAGAAGCCAGUAUGACUAGGCCUGGAGAGGAUCCCACGGGGGUCCCAGUCCAGAAGAGUUCAGCAGGACCUGCAAUCUGAGGUCACUCAAAUCUCCACUACUGAAUUCUAGUAACAGAAUGGAAGGGCCGCUUCUUGCAUCUUGAAAAGCAUACAGCUCCACAGUACUUAAUACUAUAUCAUCAAGUUUUGCAUUAUCAGAAGGUAACCAGAGAGACUGAGUUGAGCAGCUCCUCUUCUGCACCAUGUAUUACUUUGUAUUAUGGACUGCCCCCAGUAUUCCUUUGGGAAAAAAUGCAAACACAAUGAUGAGCAUCUUUUGAGUCCACUGUCUAAAACAGGGUAAAUUAUCAGUCUUUCAUGGUCUGGUAGACUUUCGGGAUUUGAAAUCUUACUGGUUCUGAGGACAUACCAAAAUUUGAAUAAAGGACCAUUCACCGAAAGUCUGUAAACAAUGGAUGAAUCAAUUUCCUGAGUGAAAAUAGCUGCCGGUACAUCAAAAAAAAUGUAAUCUGAGACAGGCUACAAAAGCAAAUAGUGGAGAUGGGUUCCAGUUGCAGGAAACUGGUUCAGAAAUGAAAAGUAUUUUCAGCGUUGAUUAUAUACUUGAUUACUUCUAUCCCUCAGAGAUACUGGACUGGUAGCAGACUAACCUUUGGGAAACAGAAAAAAAAUAAAACAAACAUGGGAAACAGAUGUAAAAACUCUCCUAAAAUGUCUGUUAAACCUCAGUGAUGGAAACUCCGGGGGGAAUGAUGGAAAAAUAUGUCUUUCUCCAGAAUAGACUGCUGUCAGGUUGGAGCAAAGUGAAGAGAAGUGGUGUGUUAUGACAUGUAGACCAGAGCGUGUGUGGCUUGCACCUGAUCUUAGCAAUCUGGAAACAACAUUGAUGGAUUAUUAGCCAUUAUUGCUGAAGACCAGCUCAUGAUACCAAACUCUGCAUCAACUCUCUGGCCUCCUCCACAAUUUACUGCAUCACUGUUGUCCAUGAACAAACGUAUUUUCUAACAUUGCCAUUCCUCUUUAAUGGAUAGAGGUGCACAUGGAAGACUUCUGAAAAAAAGAAGUAAAACUUUUCCAAUUUCAUUUUCAAUAAGGUUUACUUAAAGGGAAAGUAAACCGAACUGAAGAAAUACUCUAAAUUACCAUUCAGAGUGUUGGAAUAAAUGAUCUAUUGAAUGUCACAUCAGAUUACAUUAGAUUGGCUUGGCUUUUGCUCUGGAGUUCCUGAUAAAGGAUAUAUACUGACUAUUUUGAGUAUUAGUGGAACAUGAUACAGCCCUUGGACUCAAUGGUAAUUUCUGAAUGUUUUGAUUUCAAUCUGUAAUGAUUCCACUGAGCAAUUUGAUGUUAUAUCUUGUAUUCAUAUCAAAACAGCAAAUGUUUGUUUUUUGUUUUUUUAAUCACUGUGCUUUUAUGGUCAAGUCAAAAGUGUAGCAAAAGAAGACUGUCUGUAGAUAGGUCAGUUUUGUUAUUUGAGACUUUUCAUUGUGGUUGGCAGUUCCAUUUUGUUAAAUGCCAUUCAAAAUCUCAAGAGAUGGCUUUGCCUUUUAAGAGGUGAACCGAAUAUUCCUCAUAAAUGCUUGGUGAAUUUUAAUUGCAGUACAUCUUUUGAGUCGAAUAACUGGACUGAUUUUGAUCUUAAUUAAAAAUAGCACAGGCUUACUAGAUGACUCACAAUUCAAGAGUAAGUGUUUUUGAUGCCUUGCCUCUGGAUAUUUUCUAGCUGUACUGUCUCACUGAGUCACUUGUUUUAUUGUUAUGAUACUGGUAAUUGUACUGAGCUGUAAUUUUGUUGAUGAUAAGUGGUUUUAGUGAAAUUGUGUUUGUGUUGCAUUUUUAAGAAAGAGACAAAAAUGUGUUUAUAAGAAACUGCAGAUGUCAGUAAACAUCUGGAGAAAUAUAAUCUAAAUUUGUUAAAGUCAAAUUUCAUAUAUGGUGUUAAAAGAGUUGUUUAGACAUAAUUUCGUAGAUCUGUGGUUACCAGAACCGACAUCCAUGUUUUGUUUUACUGGGUGACCAUACUGACAUUUUUUCUGGACACAUCCUACCCAGUAUCCAGGUUUUGCCUUUGUUUGCGCUGUGCAGAGCGAAUGAUGUAUGACAUCAAAGUACUGUGCGAGCUAUAGAGAGCAGACGGCAUCUUAUGCUUUCAAAUUGCUCUCACGGUGAUGUCAUGCAAUGAUUUGUCUGCACAGUGCCGCUUCAAGUCAAACACACUGAAUAUGUACACGUACUUGCAUCGCUUUGACUAAUCCCAUGUUCUCACACUGCACAAUUGCUCAAUUAUGUACAUGCCUGCAUGUUAUUAGUCAAACUACCUUUCGAACAUUACCUUCAGCAAGUAUGAAAACAGGAAAACAAAGCCAAAACCUGGAUAUUUUAGGCAAUAUAAAUCCUGGCCAAGAUGUGUAUGGGAAAAAUGGCAUGUAUGGUCACCGUAGUUUUACAGCAUAAUUUUUUUUCAUAGUCACAUAUCUUAAAACAGUGGGUUUUAGUUCCAGUUUUACCAAUAAUUGAGAUCAUCAGCUCAUUAAGCUCUAAGUAUACUUUGUUUUUGUACAUGUACGCUAGCGUAUUAUGUUGUCUCUUUAGUUUAAUUUCCUACUGUGAAACAACGGCCCGGGCCAGUGCUGCCACCUUGUGGAACAACAGAUUAGUGCAAAACUAAUUAAAUGUGAAUGUGUGACCUUUACAUACAAAGUAUGUGCGGUUACAAUAAUCAGAUGGUGUGUGUACAGUAUGUGUACUAUUUUGGUGAUGAAAUUUGUGUCAUGCACACUGUACGUGGACUCUCGCGUACACAUAAAAAGUAUACUUUGGUCUUUAGGAGAGACUUCAUGAACUGAGCUGCGUCACAAUGCAGUGUUCAUUACUGUAUAUUCCCUGAGCAGUUUCACUUCAAAGAGAAAUUUUCACUAACAAAGAGACAUACAAACUGCAUCAGGACUGGAAAUGAGAACUGCUGUUUUAAAACAUUUGCAUUAAAUGGAUAGUUUACCCCUAAAAAAAAAAAUAAUAAUAAUAAUAAAAAUAAAAAAUCUUAUUAUUCACACGCUCUCAUGUAUUUGAGCACAAAAGAAGAUAUUUUGAAUAAUGUUGGUAAUCAAACAACUGGCGGUAGCCAUUGACUUCCAUAGUAUUUUUUUUCUCCAUAUUAUAUGUCAACUGUUUGUUUAUACACAUGCUUCAAAAUAUCUUCUUUUGUGCUCAACAGAAGAAAGAAACUCAAACAGGUUUAAAACAACUUAAAGGUGAGUAAAUGAUGGCAGAAUUUUCAUUUUUUGGGUGAACUAAGUUCAUAUUUAUGUAUCAAAAUUCAGUGCUACACGCUCACCAUAAAACCAUAAGAACUGCAUAAUAUGUAUUAAAAGAGUUAUGAUAUUCUGUCUUAUUUCUAGAUUUGUUCAAUUUUUGAUGAGAAGCUUUUACAUUUUUUGUAGAAUGAUCUGCAGUUAUUUUGGCUUUUUUCAUUAUUAUUUAUUAUUGAUCAAAAGAUAGCAAAGAGUCUGAAUCCUGUUAUCUUUGCUGGUUGUUAAUAUGUGGCAGAACUGAAAGUAUAUUUAUGUUGUUUGCAUAUCUCUAGAUCGGUUGUGCUACAGUGCCCAGUGUAUAAUUGCGUGAGUCCGCAAGCCAUAAUUGUACAAUUUCUCAUAAGCUUGCACAAGUUCUGCAUAUAUUGUACAAAUCCUUGAAAAGAUUAAUAUUCAAUUAAAUAAAA